GGAGGAAGAAGAAGAAGGAGGGGAGGAGGAGGAGGAGACAGAAGAUCUGAUUAACACCAGAGAGAGAACAGACUCUCAUUCUGAAAGCGGGACGAGUCCUUCAGAAGAACCUGACCCAGAGACAUCCAAACCAGCAAGAGCACACCACUGCUCCCAGUGUGGGAAGAGAUUUAUCCGGUUAGGGCACCUGAAAGAACAUAUGAAAACACAUACAGGGGAGAAGCCUUAUCACUGCUCCCAGUGUGGAAAGGGUUUUGGACAGUCAGGGCAUCUAAAGGUGCAUGAAAGAAGACACACUGGAGAGAAGCCAUAUCAAUGCUCCCAGUGUGAAAAGAAAUGUUUCUCACCAGGGGACCUGAAGUCACAUGAGAGAACACACACACAGUCUUUAGAGAGGCCUUUCCAAUGCGCUCAGUGUGGAAAGAGAUUUAUCCAGUCAUCGCAUCUGAAAGAGCAUGAAAGAAUACACACAGGAGAGAAACCGUAUCAAUGCUCUCAGUGUGGAAAGGGUUUUAGAUACUCAGGGCAUUUAAAAGUGCAUGAACGAACACACACUGGAGAGAAGCCGUAUCAAUGCUCCCAGUGUCAAAAGGGUUUUUUCUCACCAGGGGACCUGAGAAAACAUGAGAGAACACAUUUAGUAGAUAGGCCUUUCCAGUGCUCUCAAUGUGGAAAGAGAUUUAUGCAGUCAUCACAUCUGAAGAAACACAAGAGAAUACACACAGGCGAACAACCAUUCCAAUGCUCUCAUUGUGGAAAAAGUUUUACCCGUUUAGGGAACUUGAAAACGCAUGAGAUGACACACACGGGAGAGAAGCCUUUCCACUGCUCCUUCUGUGGAAAACGUUUUACCCAUUUAGGGAACCUGAAAAUGCAUGAGAUGACACACACAGGAAAUAAGCCUUAUCACUGCUCCCAGUGUGGAAAAGGUUUUGGACACUCAGGGCAUCUAAAAGUGCAUGAAAGAACACACACUGGAGAGAAGCCAUAUCAAUGCUCCCAAUGUGAAAGUAAAUUUUUCUCAUCAGGGGACUUGAAAUCACACGAGAGAACACACACUGUAGAGAGGCCUUUCCAAUGCUCUCAGUGUGGAAAGAGUUUUACCCGGUUAGGGAAUCUGAAUAUGCAUUUGAGAACACACACAGGGGAGAAGCCAUACCACUGUUCAGACUGUGGAAAGAGAUUUAUCCAGCUAGGGGACCUGAAAUCACAUGAGCGGACACACACAGGAGAUAAGCCUUUCCAAUGCUCUCAGUGUGGAAAAAGUUUUGCCUGGUUAGGGAACUUGAAAAUGCAUGAGAGAAUACACACAGGAGAGAAGCCUUUCCACUGCUCCUUGUGUGGAAAGAGUUUUACCUUUUUAGGGACACUGAAAAAGCAUGAGAUGACACAUACAGGAGAGAAGCCUUUCCAAUGCUCCCAAUGUGGAAAGAGUUUUACCCAGUUAGUGAAUCUGAAAAGGCAUGAAGGAACACACACAGGAUAGAAUCCUUUCCAGUGUUCUCAGUGUGGAAAGACAUUUUCCCAGUCAGAGGACAUGAAAAUCACAUAAGCGAAUAGAGGCUGUGUUCUGACUUAUAGUUUUGACAAACUUUUUGUGGUUUGGUUUAUUUAUAAAUAGAAUUGUAAGAAAAAAAAUAGGCUUACUUUUGUUCUUAGUUAAUUUUUUCUCUCAAAACAUGUUCACAUCUAAAAUUAGAAUAGAUUUUGCAUGUAUUUGAUUUUCAUUAUGAAUUGUUGUUGAUAAAUAUAAACCCUUAAGUUUCAUUAUAUGAUUUGGAUAUUGUUAUUUAAAAAAUUAAAAAUGUAAUUAAUCAUUCAUGUGUUUUUCUUGAUUCUGAUCUUAAACCUCUGGAAUUUAGUCGCUGUGUUUUUCAUUGAGUUCAUUUGUGUAGUAGUUAUUAUUAAGCUGUGUGAUAAUUAGAUGACGUUCUGAUAACAUUGAUAAGUUGUUGACAUGAUAAAACACCUCAAUGUCCAUCAGUACUCUUCCAUCAGAUAAAACACAGGUGCUGAUUUGUAAAAAUGAUUUGAUUAUUUCAACAUUUAACUGAAUAAAAGUAAACUGAUAUUUUUUUUAAACUGUGUGGAUGUUAAUUUUAUACACCUAUAUCUAUGUAUUGUUACACCAUGUAGGAGCAGUAUAGACCUAGUCUGUUCAUUAUAUACAUCUACAUGAUAUAUUGUGACACCAUGUAGGAGCAGAAUAGACCUAGUCUGUUCAUUAUAUACAUCUACAUGAUGUAUUGUUACGUUCCUUAUAUACAGAGCAUUUGGAAAGUAUUCAGACCCCUUGAAUUUUUUCCCACAUUUUGUUACGUCACAGCCUUAUUCGAAAAUGUAUGAAAUCGUUCCCCCCCCCCCCCAAUCUGCAAACAAUACCUCAAAAUGACAAACGCAAAAAACUGGUUUUGUAAAAUGCUUUUGCAAAUGUAUUAAAAAUAA